AUGCCGGCUUACCACAGCGUCUUCCUCGAUGAGCCAAACCAGCAGAUCAUAGGCAACUUCGCCCUCCUACCACUACGAACAAAGACCCGAGGACCGGCACAACAGCUACAACAACUCACGGACACAACCGAGCUCGACAUCGAACCCUCACACACAGCGUACGACCCUCUAGACGAGAUCCUCAGCCUAUUCCGCGCCAACACAUUCUUUCGCAACUUCGAGAUCAAAGGUCCCGCUGAUCGCGUACUAAUCUAUGGCAUCCUCUUCGUCUCAGAAGCGCUAUCGAAGAUCCGACCAGGAAUGUCACGGCGAGACGCGGAGAAGAACGUCAUGAACGUGGCAUUGGACAACAACUUUGCUAUCCCUGGCGAUGCUGCUUUCCCUCUCAACCAAGCGUUUGAACCACCGAGGGAUAGGAACGAGGCGGAGGUGCUGAGGCAGUAUAUCAUGCAGAUGAGGCAGGAAUUGGCUGCGCGAUUGUUGAACCGAGUGUAUGCGGAUGGGAGUGGACAGCCGAGCAAGUGGUGGCUUAGCUUCCAGAAGCGAAAAUUCAUGGGCAAGCAGCUGUGA